AUGGCUUCAGAAAAUGGUUCCAGUCGUCCACCGUCUGGAUGUGUUUCAAUUCCGGUAGAAAUUAUUCGUGAACCUAAGUCAACUAAUUCAGGAUCUCAUUCACGACAUAAUUCUCCAUUUCGAACACUGCAUAAUGAUAAUCCAUAUGGUGGAUAUUCAGGUUCUCCAUCAUGGACAUCUAAUUCACCUAGUCGUUUUGCACCACGUCAAAGUCCAAAUACUGCAUAUGAUCGUAUGAAUACAAAUUCACAAUUUAAUCAACCAUUCAAUGAUUAUCCAUCUUAUCAACAAUAUCAAGGGCCACAAUAUCAAGAGCCACAAUAUCAAGAGCCACAAUAUCAAGAGCCCCAAUAUCAACGUCCACAACAACGAAUGUAUGAAUCAGGUCCAUUGCAUUUUAGUCGUUCAAGUGAAGAUCUUCUUUCAUCACCAUUUGAUUCAAUGCGUUAUAAUACUCAACCCCAAUAUACUUCAUUAAUACCACCUACAUUUGGUAGUGGUUUUCGUACGGAUUCUGAUUUUGUUCAACCAAACUUAUAUACAAGUCCUCUACGUCGAUCAUUUGAUGCUCUUAAUGAUUUUCCAGAUAUGUAUCAAAGUUUUCCAACGACACGACAAUAUCCAUUCGAACAACAACAACAACAACAAAAACAACAACCACAACAACAACAACAACAACAACAACAACAACAACAACAGCAACAACCCUAUUAUCGAUCAACAUUUCAAACGCAACAUCAACCUCAAUCUCAACAACAACAACAACCACAACAACCAACUUAUGUUAAUCAAGCUUAUGUUAAUCCAAAUAUUGUUUACACAAAUGAAUAUGGUACACCAAUGGAUCAUCAUAAACCAAAUACUUCUCAAGGAAGUGCAAACAAUGCUACUAAUGAACGUGCUCGUUCACCAGCCACUCAGCGAGGUGCAUCACCAGCUAAAUCUGCACCAACUACAACACAACAACAACAAGAAGAACCUGAAUUGAAAAUGGCUAAAGACACAGACGGUCCUAUUCCAAUGCCAGCACCGUCUUUUUCUUCUUCUACAUCAACACAACCAACUGAUCCACAAGCUUCAUCAACUGAUACUGCAAUAUCAACUAAUGUUCCAUCUCCACCACCACCACCACCACCGCCACAACCUGUGCGUGAUCCUAAUGUAAUAGCAUUAGAAAAACUCGAACAAAUGAAGCAAAGUUUGGAUAAUCUUGAGAAACAAGUUGAUAUUUUUACUGGCUCAACUCGGGAUGAUCGUCAAUAUAAAGUACUUGAUGAACAAGCAUUAAAAAUAAUGAUACGUUGCGAUGAACUAGUCGAUGUUAGUGCUGAUAUAAAAGAAAAACGAAAAGAAAUGAUACGCAAUGUACAAAAAGUAAUUGGUAAACUUGAAUCGAAAGUACCAGGAACUCCUGCUGUUGAACAAAAUAGUAAUCUCAUGAAAAUAGAAACUACUUCUACUAAUGAAUCAGUCGUCAAUAAUGACAUUAAUAAUAAUAAUAAUCAAGAACAUAUUGAAAAGACAUCUUCACCAUCUUCAAGUCCACCAAAAGAAAAGAUCGCUGUUCCAAUACAAAUAGCAACAGCAACAGAACAAUCCACAUCAACGUAA